AUGUGCCCCGCGGCCCCUCUCCUCCUCCUCCUCUUCCUGCUGCUGCUGCUGCUGCUGCUGCUGGCGCUGCGGCGGCGCGGGGCGGCGGCGCUGGAGCCGGCCGGGCGGGCCGUGCUCAUCACGGGCUGCGACAGCGGCUUCGGGCACCUGCUGGCGCUCCGCCUCCACCGCCUCGGCUUCACCGUCUUCGCCGGCUGCCUCUGCCCCGGCGGCGAGGGGGCGCGGCGGCUGCAGCGGGAGGCCGCCGCCGGCAGCGCCGGCCGCCUGCGCGUCCUGCGCCUCGAUGUCACCCGCGCCCGCGACGUGCUGGCCGCCAAGGAGCUGGUGCUGCGCGACCUGCCCGAGCGAGGUUUUUGGGGGCUUGUGAACAAUGCAGGAAUAUCAACAUUUGGUGAGACAGGGUGGCUGUCUAUGGAGAAAUAUGAAAAAUUUGCAGAUGUGAAUCUCCUUGGGAGCAUCAGAACAACCCUGGCAUUUCUUCCUCUUCUAAGGAAAUACAAGGGACGCAUUGUUUUUAUGUCCAGCAUUAUUGCCUAUUUUACUCUGGGAAAUGGCAUUUACUCUAUGACCAAGGCAGCUAUUGAAAGAUUUUGUGAUGCUCUAAGACUGGAAAUGAAGAAGUUUGGUGUCCUGGUCUGUAUUAUUCAGCCAGGAAAUUAUGCGCGUUCUACAAAAAUUCAGCCACCAGUCAGUGCAGAAGAGAUUUGGAAUGAACUCAGCGAAGAGGAAAAGGAAGUUUACAAUAAAGAGUAUGUUCAAGAGCGGGCAAACUUUUUCAACAACAUUCUCAGUGAAGGAAGCACAAAUGGCAAUGAAGUUGUAGAUGCCAUGGUACAUGCUUUAACAUCUCCUGCACCCAAGGCACGUUAUAUGGUUGCAAAGCUAAAGGAAAAACUACUGGUGUUUGUAUGUGCUUUGUUUCCUACUGUUGUGAUGGAUUCUGUUUUAUCUUAUGCACUGAGUAAUGUAAAACUCGCAUAGCUGACAUUGGUGCUGUUCAGUGACUCAGGCUGGGUCACUUUUUAAACUUUAAAAGUCAGGGCUUGACUUACUGCCUCCCAAAAAAUCAGUGUAAUGACACCAGCUAACUCACACAAACUUUGGAGGGUAUCCUAGUCAGAACUGUGACUUUUAUGUAGAGAAACACAUCUAGGACCUCACGUAAAACUAACACAUUUGUCUAGGUAACUGUAUUUCUCCCAUGUGGAAAAAAGAAAGGCACCUUAUGCUGCUUUUAAGUAUUGUCUAGAAAAUGUAAUGCAGCUUUUUCUACUGCAAUACCAAGUUACCGUGUUAGAGGCAUCACAAAGACAAAAUGGCGUAUAUCCUUCAGGGCAACUGCCCACCUGAAUUCAUUAGGGCAGAGAUGAAAAUACCUUAUUUUUAGGAACCUGAAUAGUAAUUUAUUAGGAGUGAGGGAAAGAGACUAAUGGAAAAGUUAGGAAUGAGCAACAGAGCUUGAAAUGGAGUCAAGCACCUGCAGAAAGUGAGGAAGUGUCAAAUGUAGUAUUCUUACCAAUUGUAGUAUUCUUACCAAUGGAAACAGUGGCUUGUAAUCAAAGAAACAAACACCAAGGUGACAGAUAAUCAGUAUCAUGCAGUAACAACCUGCUUAAAAACAGCAUAUUCAGCCUGGAGCACUGUUUUUCCUGACAUUAUAGGGCUUAGGGUCUGAUGGGACAAAAUACCUACUAGCACAAAUGGGAAAACUUUGGUAACGUAUGCCUAUGAGAGUAGUUGAGUGCACUGGCUUCAUUAGCAGUCUCUUAUUAACUAGUGCAGAAAAGAUUUCUGGUUUACACAUACACAGUUUUAAAUUUGGCUUGCUUGUGGCAUGGCACAAAAUCCAAGACCUCUGGGAGCAGGAGAUCCCAGAAUAGCUGGCAGGUCCACUGUGGAGACUCUUGUGGUUACAGAGCAGCAGCAUGAACCACUAGUGCCAGGCCUCCCGUAUCAAAUCAAAAGCUCUGGUAUAAGGUGACCUAAUUAACUUUUUGGUCUGAACCAGAAAUUACAUCCUAUUCCUGGGAAGCCUUUCCUGAUGUAUUUAAUUACUGAGAUUUGUACAAUUUCCAGGGUUUUUUUAAUGAAGUGUUUCAGUUUUGAUGAUGCAGUACUUUGCAAUAAAAUCUAUGCGACUGAG